UACAUAAAGCACAAACCGUUUUACUUAAAAAUUUAUAAAAGCAGUGCAACUUAUUUUUGCAACUUUUAUCCUUAAGAUCAAAUUUGAACGAAAAGAAUUUCAGUGUAAUGGACUGGCUUUGGUGGUACAGCUUUGUGUUGAAUAAUCGUAAAAGGCUGCAAUACCUACUAACAAUGAAUGUACAAUUGAAAUUCACAAUAUUAUGGUGUAUUUUUGUUUUUGGAUCAUUAUUUCAUGAUUUUAUGCCUCUUCCCCCGUCAUACUUUUCGUUAAGAAACAAUUUUUUCAAUGUUUUUUUUGUGAAAAAAGGAUGGGGCUGGACCAGUGGUUUGUUAUUUGCAUUUUUACUAUCUCUACUAUCAAAACAAAAGCAGAGUAAUGUUAUUGUUUGUUUUAAGAACAUAUCAAGAAUCUUUGUUCUUACUCUAACAUGGUACCUUUUUACUUCAUUUUUUGAAACUAUUGAGUCAUAUACUGGAAAUUGUGUUGGUGACAAUAAUUUGAAUAUAAAAGAAGUUUGUCGAAAUAGUGGAUUUUUAUGGAAUGGUUUUGAUAUUUCAGGUCAUUGUUUUUUGUUAACAUAUUGUACUCUGGUUAUAAAUGAAGAGCUUCUUGCUACCAUGAAUGUAGUCAUACAAAUAAACAAUAAUGACAAUAAUAAAUUAAAAAAGGCAUAUAAAUUCCUUGGUUUCGAUUUUUCUGCUGUGUUGUUUGAUUGGUUAAUUGAAUUUUUCUCUGCUAGUUUAUUGUUACUUAUGUUACUUUGGGAAGUUAUGCUGUUUUUUACAUGCGCUUAUUUCCAUACACUUAUGCAAAAGUUUUUAGGAGUUUGUUUUGGUCUUUUAGCAUAUUAUAUAUGUUACAGAGUUAUAUUCAUUUUAAAACAUCCUUUAGCCCCAUGUGAGCCAGGGGAAUUUCUUAUCAUAUAAAUAUGUAUAUAUUAUAUAUUAAUAAAAUUAAACCAUCAA